AGCCAGGAGGGGAGGAGGGGGAGGCUGGCAGCGGAGCUUUGAAUAGGGAAGUUUUGCAGGGGUUACGUUUGCAGUCAGUCCGGUGUUUGCAAAUAUUGUGUGGGCUCGCGAGCGCGUCUCUGGGCUCCGGCAGGAUCCGAACCCGCGGCGCCUAAUUGCUGUGCACUGAGUUUGCAUGAAACUUUCCCCGGCGCUGCAGGCACGACUGCUGCGCUCCCGACUCCAGACCGCACACCUCCCUGUUUUCACAACAGCAGUGACUGUCUUUUCCAACCCGACAUGGAUGUACUCCCAAUGUGCAGCAUCUUCCAGGAACUCCAGAUUGUGCACGAGACUGGUUACUUCUCGGCGCUGCCCUCCCUGGAGGAAUAUUGGCAACAGACCUGCCUGGAGUUGGAACGUUACCUCCAGAGCGAACCCUGCUAUGUGUCAGCCUCUGAAAUCAAGUUUGACAGCCAGGAAGAUCUGUGGACCAAAAUCAUCCUGGCUCGGGAGAAAAAGGAGGACCCGGACCUGAAGCUUUCCUCCAGUCCCCCCGAGGAUGCUCUGAACAGCCCCGGCUUUGCUUACAACCUGGAGACCAACAGCCUGAACUCCGAUGUGAGCAGCGAGGCCUCCGACAGCUCUGAGGAACUUUCUCCCACCACCAAGUUUACCUCCGACCCCAUCGGCGAAGUCUUAGUCAGCUCGGGGACCCUGAGCUCCUCCGUCACCUCCACGCCCCCGUCUUCUCCAGAACUAAGCAGGGAGCCUUCUCACCUGUGGGGCUGCGUGCCGGGCGAGCUGCACCCCCCGGGGAAGCUGCGCAGUGGGACUGCGGGAAAGCCGGGCGACAAGGGCAGUGGGGACGCCUCGCCGGAUGGCCGGAGGCGGGUGCACCGCUGCCACUUUAACGGCUGCAGGAAAGUUUACACCAAAAGCUCCCACUUGAAAGCACAUCAGCGCACUCACACAGGAGAAAAGCCUUACAGAUGCUCAUGGGAAGGGUGUGAGUGGCGUUUUGCAAGAAGCGAUGAGUUAACCAGACACUUCAGAAAGCACACUGGUGCCAAGCCUUUUAAAUGUUCUCACUGUGACAGGUGUUUCUCCAGGUCCGACCACCUGGCCCUGCACAUGAAGAGGCACCUCUGAGGGAGCAGAGCGGCGAAUCCUGCGGGCUAAAAGGCUUCCAGGCUGAGAGACAGCCAUGGAAGGAGGGUGCGUGUUCCAGCCAAAGCAUGCCAUUUUGCACCCCACCCAGUUGCCUCCAGGACCUCUACUUGGAAGGUCUUUCGAGGGCGAAAAACGUCAUGUCAGAAGCGGCAGAGCACCCGCGGUGUGUGGUGUUUGGGUGGCCCUGGACUCGCCACUGGUACCUAUCUUCUGAGUGGUCCCUAAGCCUUUGCCGUGAGCAUGUGCACUGAGAAUGUUAAUGGUUGGGUUGACUGUCUGUGGAGGGUCUGUUAGUUACUGAUUGUGUGAUGGGGGCAGAGUCUUUUUCCCUUGCAGUAGCGAGACUGCAAGAGGCAGCAAGCGCGGAGUUUGAAUGUUCUGUGUGUGAGGAGUAUCCCAGGAGAUGAGGUGACCACCGAUCAUCUCCCAGGGGGUGGGGUCUGCGCCUUAGGGAAAAAAAAAAAAGAAGAAAAAAAAAAAAAAAAAAGAAGGGAAAACAUGGAGGGCGGGAGUGGGUGGUCAAGACCCCCGGAGUGGCGAGUGGGUGUGGGGAGGGGAGCCCCUCCCCGUGCGAGAGAACUUUCGGUGUCUGGUGCAGCUACGAAAAAAAAAACGUGCAAUGUGUCAAGUAGCUUGUUUACUUGCUACAACAGAGCUCAUUCGUGACCCGUUGUAUAAGCUGUGUAUUUACAAAUAUAACACAUUGAUAACUUUUCCUUGUAAGACUAAAAGUAAUGCAUGGUCUGGGAAACUAUCCGCUUUCCAUUCUUAAAUCAGGACUACAAUGUUGAUUCCAGUUCCUGAGCAGCUAAGAGAGGAUUGGUCAAAUUCAGUGAUCCCUAGCCAUCUGGGCCACAGGUAAUACACAAUCCUUCCCCCACCUUCCCCCCAGCGAUUUUAUAACACUCCCCUUUCAGAAAGGCGUCGUGCAGCAUAGGAUUAUUUUUUAAAUGAUUCUGAAUUUGAAUUACCUUUUUGGAGAACUUCCUGAUGCCCUUUGAAGACAUUGGGCGUAUGUUGGGUAUCAAGAAUGCUAGGGCUGGGAAUUGCUAGUCUAAUGUGACAUUAGACUAAGAACCUAAAAUUUUUCUCAGUUGGGUGGAUAAAACCACUAAAGCUUAGAAACUGUUUUCUCAUGCAGCUAAGUUUCUCUUAUUUAUGCCUUGAGGACUAAUUUCUGGUUUUCUAGCUGUUAAUGCACUGUAGAUCUUAAUAAUGGUGCCUUAUGCAAGUGACCCCUUCUGUGGGGGUCUCAUACAGGGGUAUGGGUGAUGCAUGCUUUAUUAAGGCUCUUUUUUCACCUGGCAUUGUACUGUAUCAAUAUAUAAUACAGAAAAAAAAAAAUCUCUUUAAAGUCCUCCUUCACAAAGACAAAUAGAGAGAUAAAACUCCCCAAACAAGUCAGUAUUUACUCGAUAUUUUAGACAACUUGACUGUCAGUGUUCAAGUGGAAAACACAUGAUUAUUGGAAAAUCGGACCAUUUCUGCCACCAUGAGACUUUCAUAUAGACUUUGCACAACAAUUGUAUAGAUCACACACCGGCUGUAUUUAAUAUGUAACGUUUUCACACAUAUUAAAGAUACAGAAUAUAAAAAACAAUGUUAAUGUAUUUGCUUAAAAGGCACAAGCUCCACAUAUCUAUCUAGCUAUCUGUUGGUAAUACAGAAAGUAUAUUACUUUUUUUUAAAAAGUGGGCGGAAUUCUUGUGUAUGUAUAUUUGUGUGUAUAGUAUGUGUGUGUGUGUGUGUAUAUACAUAUAUAUAGAUAAUAUAUAAAUAUUUUUUUAAGGAGAAAUGAGAAUGUUUAGAUAGAAAAUUCCACAGCCUGUGAAGAAAUAAUUUCAGAAUGGCCAUAAAGGAGGUAAAAAUGAAAACCAUAACUUUUAUAAAGGCUUUAUCUGUAAUUUAGUGAUUUGCUACAGAUCCUUGGCAUGCAGUCUAUUCCAGACUGCUGACUUUGCUCAUCAUUAUUGGCAGGUCCAGAAUAAGGGAUCUUCGGCCAUUCAAAAGUGGCACGAAGGGAAUCCUCACCCACUAAUUGGUCGCAGACACACUAAGGAUUUGAUUUUGAAUUUCAGCCUUAUUAGAACAUCUAACCUAAGAGGAAGCUAAUCACAGGGAUUCUUUUUUAGAAUACUUUUUAUGCAGAUGAAGCUAUUUUUUCCAGCACAUAGAUUCUUCCAGUUUUUCCAACGAGUAAUUUCCCCGAAUUGGCAUACCGCAGCAUGGACAGCUGAUAUUUCAUCCAGCUGCUGGCUCGUGGGUGUGGAUCUUUUCUUUAUAUAUAUGUAUAUAUAUAUAUAUAUAUACACAUAUGAGUCUGGCUGGGCUGGUAUUUUGUUUGAUCUUCCUGGAAAUGAGCAAUGAGGAAAGCUCACAUAACUGGUUUUUUAUCUGGGCUGAUGAAUACACUUACCUGAACAACUCACUUCAUUUUGCUGAGGGGAAAAUGCACUUUUCUUUUGGCAGCUCCAAAUCCAGGCACUUGAUUUGCUGGGUUUGGGGAAACUCCUUUUUUGGCCCCGCUGUGUUGCUUAGCCAUAACAAUUCCAUUAAGCAAGAAGGUAAACAAAAGACAAAAAAGGAAAAAAAAAAAACAAAAACAAAAAAAACCACAGCUUGCACUGGCUUGUCUCACUUAUGAAACACCAUGAAGUUGUUUGAUUGGGUGGGGCUGGGUGCCAUGUGUGUCAAUGCCUGUAAUUUUCAUAAUAAGCAAGUACAUAAAGAAUUACAUUCUGUUCAGGUGAUAACUGAGCCUCAAUCAAGCAGAAACUUUUUGCUUGACAUUAAAAAAAAAAAUUUCUAUUAGUGAAAUUUCUUUUUUUUUUUUGAAGCACCCUGUUAUCUAAAGAAUCUUUGUAAGAUUUUUGUAAAAUUUUGUUUUACAAGAUUUUAUUUGAAAUUGUUUUUUGCAAGAUUGUUAUAUUUCUGUAUGAAUGUAUUUUUUAUUGGAAUAACAUAAAAGAAUUCUUAUCAGCA